GUUGAUCAUUUUUCACAGAGCAGCCAUAAUUCGGCUCUUUAUGCUGAUACACUUUCUGAUACACACUAUUUACCUGUUUUCAAACUGUUAGCUAGGCACUGGGAAGAAUACAGAGAAAAUGUGAUUUUAAAAAGUACAAAAGAUAAACCAUAUCAACCAAGUCACAUAAUGCAUGCUUUUACAGAGAACUGUUAGCACAACAAAAACGUUGGUUUUUCAUAUUGACAUGGACAUUGGCACUCCCUGAGUCAUUUUUGUAUACUUUCCUGUUCAACUACAGUCUAUACAUCUUUUUAAUUCAUAUUGCUGCCGCAAAAGUGUUAGCUUGGUUGCGCAUGGAAGCUGUCACGAACAGUGUAUUCAAGCUACGAUGUCACCCAGAGGGUAAUUGUGCAGUGAAGAGCUUUGAGGAGAUUUAGGAUUUGGAGUGUAUUAGCGAAGAUUGAGGGAGAGGGAGAAUCUGCAGGAGGGAGUCGCAAAAGAAAGAAAGAAAGCAAAAAAAAACAAUGCACAUGAAAAAGAAAGAGGGACAGCGUGAGAACAAAGGAACAAAGAGACCCUUUCAGUGAUGCUUUGGUGGCCAUCAGCGUGAGCACAGAACUCAUUGAAGAGGAGCUGAGGCCCCAUUUGGACACUCUGCUGAGCGCUCUACAGGAAAAACGGGAAUCCUUUUUAGUUCUUUAAGGACCACUCUGUGAGGAAGGGGCUGCCAGGCAGAUCGCAGACAGUGGGAUUCUGCCCUCACUGGCUCACAUUCUGAGAAGGACCAACCUGAAGCUGAAGGCCAUCCUGAUAGUGUCCGAGCUGGCUGGAGAUGGUGAGAGAGGGGGUCUAAGAUGACGAUGAGGGGCCGAUAUGCAUAUGUGUGUGUGUGUGUAUGUUGUGUGUGUAUGUGUGUGUGUGUGUGUAUGUGUAUCUAUGUGUAUUGGCCAGUAUUGCUAUUCUAAAUAUGGUCUCAAAAGGGAAGGGGUGAAUGUCAGUGCUGUGGUGUUAUAUGUCCAUAGUCCUCUCAACAGUUAGGGAUGUGAAACAUAUCUUGCACUGAUGCAGUGUGGUGUCAAAUGCCAUGUGCCACAGUUACGUUCAUUCAGUGUGGCGAAUGUGUCAGUGGUCUCUUGGCAGCGAUCUGCUGUGCUGUGUUUCCAGCCUCAGAAAGGGGGCGCUGUGUGGAAGCAGGCCUGGGCACCGCCCUGCUGUCCCUGUUGAUUAGCACAGACCAGGACCUGCUGCUGCACACCUGCCGGGCCAUCGGCAGGAUCUGCUACGAUAACAGCCUCCUGCAGGACCAGCUGAUCCGGAAUGGGGCCGUACCAUCACUGGCGGCCAUCUUGCAGAAUUACUCCCAGAACGAGGCCCUGGUGAGCGCAUGCCUGUUCGCCCUCUGCGGCCUGGCUGACAUGAGCGAGGAGGACAGCUCGGGGCUGACCUGGGAGGAGCUGGGCCGCGUCAGCCAGGGGGAGCUGGCCUACCGGGGCGCCCACAGGCACCCCUUCGGCUUCUCCUCCAAGGUGACCGUGGUGAGGCUCAUCCAGCGGUCGGGCAACCAGCACUUGGUCACGGUCGAGGUGGUGCACCGCUGCUCCCGGGCCCUGUGGGGCGCCUACGUCGCACAGCGGACCGGCAGGCGCUUCAGGCCUGCCCCGUUCGAGGCCUGUCCCCAGUUUCACCGGAUCAUAAAGUUCGGGGUCCGGAACGUUCCGAAAACCCAAAGCCUGAAGUCCAGGAUGUUCCACACUUUCUUAUGAAGCAGCACCGAAAGGCUGAGUGCCAGGUCACAGGAAGGGGUGGACCUGACAGGGGUAGUUGGAGGAUUGGAGGGAUGACUUCAAGGGGACAAGAGAACUACCCAUCUUUUGAUUUCUUUCCAGCCUGGAUUUAUCACAGUUCCAAAUGAUAGAAAAGCCAUCAGAGAAAAUUCAGUGUUUUGCAGUGUACCAACUAUUCAAUUUAACACCUCAGUAAGGAAAAAAUAGGAUGAACACUGGCAUAAAACCCUAACCUAACACUAUAACCUAAGGUUGUUUGCCUAGACUGUUCAGAUACCAUGAAAAGUAGAUUCACCGGCUAGAAACAGAUCCUACUGCAGGCUAUGUAAUUUUCCCAUUCCAGUAAAGACAUUGAGAGAAAAAAAAACAAACAAUAAAUUAAAGUGAAUAUAAAGGACAAAAGUGUUUGAGACAAAAUUAUGUCCUUGCCAAAUGUAGGCCUGUUACAGUAUAACACAAUAAUUUUAAAUGUGCACUACCUGUAUACAGCAUUCGAGAUUUGCUAUCCAUGUUCUGUAUUAGCAUCAUGUGCCCAUUAGCACCACCUAUUGGGAAGUAUUAUUGAUUACCGAGUACAACAUCCUAGAGUGGAAAAGAUUUUUCUCAUCAGUUAAAGUUCUCAUGUGCAUCUUGACAUCACGAUGAAUGGACAUUUGUUUAUUUUUAUUAUUUCCCUAGAACAGAUUUCUGCUGGCUGUGUCAGGAGGCCUUUUCAAAGAAACGGUUUGCUUUCGAUUUUGAGAAAGUUUUCGCAACUCUUUGCUGAAAGGGGAUCCACACCCUACUCCAGUGCCAGUACCAAGUCUUGCAUUGUAAAUUAACUUGAUUCAUCAAGUUAAAAUCGGGCAACCAAACUGUUUUCAAACUGUUACACAAGCUUAUUAAUAGUAAUGCAUUCAUGUCCUUACUGAGGUCAGUAGAAAUAAUCACUUUAUUCAAUGAAAGUGUUUAAUAUU